AUGGAGCCCUUUUCGCCGAAUUUUCAAGUGAUCCAAUCUGAUUGUACAGGUGAAGAGGAACGUGAACACCAAUGCAAGGAGUGCGGCCUGAGGCUGUCCACCCGCAGCGCGCUGACCGCCCACACGCGCUCACACCGGGCCGCCGCCGACGCGCACCGCUGUGACGUGUGCCACAAGACGUUCGCCGUGCCCGCCCGGCUGGUGCGCCACUACCGCACGCACACCGGCGAGAGGCCCUUCGAGUGCGAGUACUGCCACAAGAUGUUCAGCGUGAAGGAGAACCUGCAGGUGCACCGCCGGAUACACACCAAGGAGCGGCCCUACCGCUGCGGGGUCUGCGGCGCCGCCUUCGAGCACUCCGGCAAGCUGCACCGGCACGCCAGGAUCCACACGGGCGAGAGGCCGCACGCCUGCCCGCACUGCCACAAGACCUUCAUACAGUCCGGGCAGCUGGUGAUCCACCUCCGGACACACACCGGGGAGAAGCCCUACAGGUGUCCGGCGCCCGGCUGCGGGAAGGGCUUCACGUGCUCCAAACAACUCAAAGUACACUCCCGCACGCACACCGGGGAGAGGCCCUACACCUGUGAGAUAUGUCUGCGGGACUUCGGCUACAACCACGUGCUGAAGUUGCACCGCUUCCAGCACUUCGGCGAGAGAUGCUACCGCUGUACGGUGUGCGACGGGACCUUCAACACUAAGAAGCAGAUGGAGGCUCACAUCUACAAGGAGCACGGGGCCGAGAGUCCCAAGGCCCCGGCGCAAGCAUCAGAUUACUCGGUGCCGUUAGUAGUGAAUGGGAACGUCAUGUGUGAUAUCGUGGAGGCCGCCCUACAGCAGCUCCCUCCUACGCCUCCCAGUUCUCCUCCGUCCCCGCUGCCUGUGCCGGGGUCACUUCAAGCCCCGUGUGUCCCCUCCCCCUCGUCAUUAACCCCCUCUCCCUCGCCCACGGAGAGCUGCCCCUCCCUGAUGACCCUCGCGCCCUCCUCCCUCCCCCCCAGGAAACGUAAGCUCGUCCCUCACAUAGAGCCGGUCCAGCCGGAGCCGGUCGUCCGUCACACGUCCGUCAUACAGUUCGCGCCGCCCUCCAGCGUGUCAUAG